GGCUGCGUUGUGAGCAUGCGCGGUCUAGGCGGAAGCGCUCGGCAGUCCGUCCCCGUUACAGGGCUGUAGUUGAAUCCGGAUCGCAGCUGUCCUGCGGUCAUUUUCGGUCCGGUUCGGGGAGCUCAGACAUGGACCUUUAGCGUCAGCCGCUGCUGCGUCGUUGCAGAGUUCGUCCGUGAGCCCGGAAGAGUGCCCCGAAGCCGGCGGAAUGAUGCGUUUCAUGCUGCUGUUCAGCCGGCAGGGCAAGCUGCGGCUGCAGAAGUGGUACACUGCCACCGCCGAGCGCGACAAGAAGAAGAUGGUGCGCGAGCUCAUGCAGAUCGUGCUCGCACGCAAACCAAAGAUGUGCAGCUUCCUGGAGUGGAGGGACCUCAAGAUUGUCUAUAAAAGGUACGCCAGCCUGUAUUUCUGCUGUGCGAUCGAGGAGCAGGACAACGAGCUGAUCACCCUGGAGGUCAUCCACCGCUUCGUGGAGCUCCUGGAUAAAUACUUCGGCAGCGUGUGCGAGCUGGACAUCAUCUUCAACUUUGAAAAGGCUUACUUCAUCCUGGACGAGUUCCUGAUGGGAGGGGAGAUCCAGGACACGUCGAAGAAGAGCGUCCUCAAAGCCAUCGAGCAGGCCGACCUGCUGCAGGAGGAGGACGAAUCCCCGCGCAGCGUUCUGGAGGAGAUGGGCCUGGCGUAGAGCUGUUGCCACAGCAACGGGGCGGAGGGCAGAGUGCCUGGAACUGAGCAUGCUCGGACUUGUGCCGCUGGCUCUGGGCUCUCCUGUCCCACCUUUUGUCGUGGGGGAAGACGCUCAGGCAGCAGAUCCGCAGCCUUUUGUUGUGUUUGAGUGAGUGUGAUCUCCGUGUGGGGCUGUGGUUGUUACAGGGUGGGGGGGCAUGGCCUCCUGGAGUCUCAGGUGUGGAGAAACGUCCCUUCACAUUCAGACGUCCAGUUUUCCUCUGUUUUUGUCAAAUACUGCCCCCUUCAGGUCACACCAAGCAUCUCAUCCCCAUCAAUGAUGUUUUAUUUAACCUUUUAAAACUGUAAGAAACGACCAAAACAAUUCUCAAAUCCUUUAGCAAAGAUGGAGAGGAAGAAGCGGCUGCAGGAACACGAACACUGACAGUUUUCUAGUCUUUUAAGAGAUUUUUCUAAUGGCUUUUUUAUUCAUUUAUUUCCUUCCAGAUGUGAUGGAGCUACAAAGCAAUGCAUUUACAUGAAAAGAAACUGCCUUAAACGCUCUUCCUCUUCAUCUCUCACAAGGUUUGAUUUUAUCUCUCCAGCAGCAAAACACCAGAAAGCUUUUAAAAAUAAAGAGCCACAGAACGUGGUUACAGGUUGGCUGGAUCUUAAAGUUGGAGCAAAAACUGAUUCAAAAAGCGCUCCAGAUCUGGAUGUUAUUGAGGCUGAAGCUCAUGAAUCCAUCAAAGACCUCCAGCUGUCAGAAAAUCCCUCUGCAGCUUCCUCUGUUACAGAUCCAGCGUUCCCUCUACUGACCGUCCUCUUCCUCACUGGCAGAAGCACAUUCUUCAUCCUCGGAGAGCAGUUUUUGCCUCCUCAAAGUCCAGGUGAUCCUGCAGAGGCUCCGCCCCCUCAGCGCCCAACCAGAAUGAAGUGAGGAUGAGUGAUGGAGCUGCAUGGGGGAGUGUGUGCGUCUUUCAGCUUGUGUUGCUUUAAGGAAUGUAUGUACAUAUUUUCUAACCUGUCAUUCAAAGUGAGACCUCUUGUUUGUAUGAAGAACUGGUGACAAUAAAGCUGUUCUGAUUGUGAGACAAUCAUCUGGUC